AUGAAUGCUAAGGUGUUGCUGGUGCUGGGCGUGGUGGGCUGUGCUGCUGCAGACAGACGACCGACGUAUUCUUACAGUGAACCCGACUCGUUCGAAUACUCAGCCGAAUCUAGGGAAGCAAAGUACGACUUCAGAUGGGCCGUGAAGGACGACUACUCCGGCAACGACUUCGGCCAUCAGGAGUCCCGCGACGGCGAUCACACACAGGGAUCCUACUACGUGCAUCUCCCCGACGGCCGCCUGCAGAAGGUGACGUACUACGUGGACGGCGACUCGGGCUACGUGGCUGAGGUCAGCUACGAGGGCGAGGCUCGCUACGACUCAGCUGAGUCUCGAGAGUACGGGCGGCCAGUGUACUCUCCGCCAAGACCCGUGUACUCCCAGCCAAGACGUGUCUACUCUUCUCCCGAGUCGGAGGAAUCCUUGGAGAUUCCUGUGUAUGCUUCGCCCAGACCUAUUUACGGGCCUCCAAGGCCAACUUACGGGUAGAAGUACUUUUUCCUUCCAACAGGUUACAUGACAAAUACUUGAUAAUUUAUAAUGGUCCAUCAAUCACAGCAUUGAUAUUAUAAUUGUGACUGUUCGUCUAAGUGUAUGGUAAUUGUAUUACAGACGGAUAUUAGUUUCAAUCUAUUCGUAAACUAAAUAUAUCAAGACUGAUUA